AUGUUUAUCUCGCAGAUAUUUAUCUUGUCGCCGCGCGGGGACAAACUUGUUUUUAAGGACUACCGGCAGGACGCCCCGCGCAAUGCCGACGAGCUCUUCUUCCGCAAGUACAAGUUCUGGGACGGGGCGCAGCGGCACGCGCCGGAGGGGGACUGCCCGCCCUUCUUCAUGGAAAAGCACGUGAACUUCUGCUACGUCAAGCGACGCGAGCUGCUCUUUGUGUGCACCUCCGUGGUGAAUGUCUCGCCCAGCCUCACCGUGGAGAUCCUGCUGCGGAUCAUCAAGGUGAUCACGGACUACCUGGGCAUCCUCUCGGAGGAAAGCAUCCGCGUGAAUUUCACCCUGGUGUACGAACUGCUGGACGAGAUGCUCGACGUAGGGGUGCCGCAGGAGCUCAACGCCGAGCGGCUGCGGCCGUACAUCUUCAACAAGGUUGCCCCCGUGGCGAACCCCGAUGCACCCGCGGGGGACUCGUUCCUGGGGCGCCUGCGACGCGGCGAGUUCUUGGAGCGGACACGUCGGGGUGAUGCCGCCCUCAACUCCAUUCUUCAGGCCUCGAGUGACCGGAAGAACGAGAUAUUUAUCGACAUCCUCGAGCGGCUCAACGUGGUGUUCAACUGCGCAGGGGAGGUGGUGGUGUCGGACGUCGACGGGUCUAUCGUCAUGAAGAGUUUUCUCGCCGGCGCCCCCUCGCUGCAUCUGCACCUCAACGAGGACCUGGCGGUGGGGCGGGGCGACGCCGGCAGUGAGCGGUACGCGUCCGUCGUGCUUGACAGCGUGAGCUUCCACGAGGACGCCGACUACUCCGGCUUCGAGGGCGAGCGACGGCUGUCGAUUCGGCCGCCGGAGGGGGAGUUCACGCUGAUGAAGUACAGGCUGGGUGGGAGGGGCACGCCGCCGUUUCGUCUCGUGCACUCCAUGGAGCUCCUCUCGACGCACCGCGCGGAAAUGACGCUGCAGAUGCGGGCAGACCUCCCUGCCUCCACACACGGCAUUGCCGUCUGCGUCAGUGUUCCCAUGCCCUUGAGCUGCACCGCCGCCAGCGUGGAGUUUGGCCUCGGGGCCACGGGGCAGGCGUACGACUACAAAGAGGAGGAGAAGUGCGUGGUCUGGAGCAUUGGAAAGUUCCCUGGGGGGACGGAGCAGGUGUGCAAGAUUCGCUUUUCCUCCUCAGCGCCCAUCACUGCCGCAACGAGGCGUGACAUUGGCCCCGUCUCUAUGCAGUUCGAGAUUCCACAUCAUAGCGUCUCGGGUCUCUGCAUCCGAGUGCUUCGUCUCGAGGAGCGCAGCAGCUCCUACAACCCGGCACGCUGGAUUCGUAACGCGACCCUUGCAAACUCGUAUGUGUUUCGCAUGCAUUGA